AUGAAAGACGGACAAACGGCCGACGAGACACAAAGGCGACCUCAACAAAUUGAGCAAAUCCUGGAGACAGUGGAAACGACCCACAUUUCAAGUAACGGCUAUAUAAACUCCCUGGCCACACCUGGACCACAAGUUAUGAGAGUUCUUAGCGCCAGGACGGAGGGCACAAAUCGGCUUAGCACGCCUAUCGAGUUCGCUAGGGCUGCCAAUAAUUCCUGGAUUAAUGUCGCCCUACGUCCAGAGUAUUGGAUAAGAGGAAGACUUUCCUAA